UUCGUGACUUCGAGGAGAAGAAAGUGCCACUUUGAAAUUAUAGAAUGUUUUGUUGAUUUUGAGAUUUUUGGUCCUCAAGUAAACCUUGAUCAUUAUGUCAAUCCCACACGAAAGUUGGCGACCAGCCAACAUUACUUUAGAGACAACCAUGGGCAGUAUCACUUGUGAACUGUACUGGAACCACGCACCACAAACGUGCCGUAACUUUGCUGAGCUCGCCAGGAGAGGCUACUAUGAUGGCAUCAUAUUCCACAGGAUCAUCCCUGACUUCAUGAUUCAGACUGGCGAUCCAACUGGGACUGGUCGAGGUGGUGCAUCAAUUUAUGGUCCACAAUUUCCUGACGAAAUUUCAAGAGAGCUGAAACACACUGGGGCUGGCAUCCUAUCAAUGGCCAACAGUGGUCCAGACAGCAAUGGCAGUCAGUUCUUCAUUACACUUGCACCGACACAGUGGCUGGACAAUAAACAUACCAUAUUUGGACGUAUACAUACUGGCAUGAGGGUUGUGGAGAGAGUAGGAAAAGUCGAAACAGACGAUAGUGAUAAACCUAAACAUGAAAUAAAAAUGAUACGUGCUUACAUCUCAUCAGCGUAGGAUAUAAACUGCCUGUUCAUAAAGUGUCAAAGCAGUGGAGGAAAGGAAAGGGGUUUGAGAAUGUGGACAAAGUGUGUACACAAACACACAAAGUGGACUUACCUACCUCGGUAUAGGUAGUUCAAAAAAUUCCAACUGCAAUGCAUAAUUCCUUUAUGAACAGAGAUCAUCUCAUCAAUCUGUGUAGACAGAUCAUCUCAUUAAUCAACAUGUCAUUGGAAUGUGAAGAAAUCUAAUGCAAUUUUACAUCUUAAGACGACGAACUGCCGUAUCAAAUUGGAAAGGCCUGCUUCUACUGUAUCAGAAUAUUGCCAGAUUCCAUUGUGCUGGCCUGGCCAAGGAUCUGCUUCUGGGUUUUCCCAGGAAGCACAGGGUGUCUAGUACUCAUUUUUGUAAGUGACAUGAAAUAAAUGCAUUUAUUAGUAAUUGCUGUUGCA